CUCGACGGCAACUCCCUCUAGUCACGUCUACAUUUUGAGGUCUUCGUUGCAAGCCAAAGGUAUGCUUUCUCUGUUGAAUUCUUUUAUCGUCCAAACCAGUGCUAAUCUUUUGUAUUACUGCAGUCUUGUCAUAAAUGCUCAUACUGCAGAAAUUGUCUAAAAUCUUUACAACGGAGGUUUUGCAAGUACGAAUAAUUUUAACAAUAAGUUUGAACAGCUGUUUGUACUGAAAUGCAUUCGUUUUAAACUCGGUUGGUGCUGGCUGCCGAAACACAUGCCGUUUACCGUUUUAACCUUGAACCGUUUCACGCUCCAAAAUGACAAGCUCCCUUCCAAUUACCAUACUAAUCGAAGUAAGGCCUAUUGUGCUGUACAUUCUAGGUGGUUCUAAUUUUCGCGAUUCUGUAGAUGAAAUCCUAAGGUGUGACCAUUUCAACGAACGUUUCCCGUCAUCGUAGCUCCAAGUCGAUCCUAUAUCACGUCUCUUGCACCACUAGAGAAGAACGUGUAAAGAUAAGGGACUGCUGGCGGGUUGUUGUUUUUUUUUUUUUAAUUUUUGUGGUUAGGGACAAAUAUUAAAAUACAUCUCGGGGCGGCGGUACUCCCUUAUAUUUGCCUUAUAAGUAUGUGCUGCCCCUUAUGGUAUGGUUUUUACGCCGUUUUGGUCUAAAAACGGGUACAGACUUUUCCUAUUUUGGUCUAAAAUCAAGUAUGGUUUUCGAGGAAAUGCAUGAACGUAUUUGUCGUUUCAAUUCCAAAUUAAUGAAUAAGAAAGAAAGAGUAAUAUGCGAAGUCGAGGUAGAUUUUAAGAAUUCGUUUUGCUGGUGCUCUAAUCUCAAUAAUGAUAACAUAAUUUCUGCCUACGCCAGGUAUGAGAACGGGUAUAAAUUUUAGAGGCCAGGUCUGGAAACGGGAGUGGAAAAAAACAACUUUUUGGUCCGGAAAUAGGGCCAGGAUUUGGAGAACCGGGUGGCACACCCCCACGACGAAUUCCCAGGAAUACCUCUCCCCCCGGUGAAUUCAUAAGUGUGACCUCUUUGGUAGUACUUUCCUUUUCUUGUCUAUUAAUCUUAUUAUUUUUGUCAAGAGAACGUAAAGUUCUCUUUUUUUUUUGAAGUAGGUUGCUGUCCCUCAAAAGAGCGAACAUUGAAUUUUUAACAGAGGGUCGAAGAACAAAUAUUUUCGCAAAUUACAGCGUUCCUAGAAGCUGUGGUCAGCUACUGCCCGAGCUUAUAAAAUCUUGGAUUAAAAUUUACUAAACUGAGCAACAAGGAAUGGAUUGAUGACAGAUCUUUUACUUUCUUUGCAAAAUCUUGCGUAAACUUACCACGCGCAAAGGCCCCGGGGGGAAGUUCCCAGGGGAGACUCCAGGGCUGUGUAGCUAUUUACCACUGAAAAAUCCAUUCAGUCUUGGACAGCGCUAGCGUGUAUAAAUCAGAAAAGGGAAGCUGCUAAGCUGUUUAACUACAAGAGUUUUGAUUUUUUUUUAGGCUAUAAUUACUAUGCUUAUACUUCAAACUCAAUUUUUGUGACCGAUUUCAUAAUCAGUGGCUUUUGAAGUAACCCCCCCUGAUAAGAAUGAUCUGCGCAGGAGGCUAUCGUCGAUCAAAUUUUAAUAAACAAAGUGAAUUUAAACUCUCCGUUAUAAAAUAGCCAUAGCUUAAACUGUCUUCUUUUCAAAAUGUUCUUCGAAAUUAAAACAGUCAGCAAAACAAGGUUAUGAUAUAAAUUUUUUCGCUGCAUUGAACUGAAUGCCAAUCAAAGACCGCCGUGGUAUGUGUCAUAAUUCUAAUAUAAAUGGAAAUAAUUGAAAAUGCAAAAUCCUUUUGUAUUCCCCUAGCUAUAGUUCGUACGUUUCGGGGAUUAAAUAUAGCUGCAGUCAGUGAAUUUUUCAUGAUCUUUGAAAUUGACUGGUCCGUCAUUGAUGACUUUCGUUAAGUUUUUUUUUCACCGCGCGCUUAUUGAAAAAUUGUUACCAAGAUACAUGACCUAAGUCAGAAGAAUUUUGUACCAACGGGCUUUGUGUAAUUUUUGCUAUUUCUAUUAAAAGAUUGCAUAGACGGACGACCAACGUAAAUCUUGCGCAAAACAAAUGGAGAAUUUGCAUUAAAUUGUGUUUGAGAGCGAAAAUGUUUUCAUCCUAACUUAUACCUUUGAAUCGAUUUUAUAUAUUGGCUUAACUGAAAUAUAUCUUUUCCGAUUAUUUUAGAGGACUCGCUCUGACUAAUUGAGAAAGAUGAGCUCUCAGGUAAGCAGAGAAUUGUUUAUGUUCAGACCCAGCUUAGCAUGGUAUGCCAUAGUAUUUGUUCAAAACAAACCGCUGCGAGGGAUUAUUUCAGAAUGAGUCCGUCAUCUGAUGUCUCAGAGGUUGUUAAGGAAAAUGAAUGAGAGACAGACGGCGUGAGAAUUACCUCGUGUCAUAGCUACAUGUACAGUCCCAAAAAAAUGCGGCCGGAAGACUUACCUAAAUUUCCGGAACAGAGGUUGGUGAUCGAGCUAAGGCUCGCUUACCUAUCGGUGUGUAAACUUUACUUGUGCCUUAGAAGUUCCAACAGGAAUGACGGGAGGAGUUGGGACAGAUGGCUACUUCUUCUAACAUCAUGUUGUGGAAGUAGAAUUCGAUCAUCAUACAUUGCUUUAAUGUCUGCCUUCUCGACUACUCUGGUCUUUUGAAUAUCACCACACCCAAUCUCUUAAUUAAACAAUUCAACAUUGGGAAGAACUGAAAAGACCACGGUUUUUUUCUCCACUUAAGACCUUCAGAGUUUCUGCUCUAAAAUGAAAUUGUUGAAGAUAGUGCCUCUAGCAUUUUCUUUUUUCCCGUUGAAGACGAAAUGUUGAUUGAGAGGGCCUCAAGUAUAAAAUGUGUCUAAAACUAAAUCGGUCCGAGUUAUGGGCUCCUGUUUUUUCUCUGCUUGGAACGAAAUCAUAGAAGACAAGAGAAGUUAUCAUUCACGUUUAUGCUUUUUUAGAACGAAUUCAAAGAGGAUGAAGUCCUGCACAAGGCUCAGCGAGGUUUAUUCUUCGGAAAACCCAAAUUUGGCAUUUUUGUGCUCGCGCGUUACAAGGAAGGACUGGAUGUGGAUCAGGCGCAUAGUGGCAUUGUGACUGCAGCCUGUGAUGUGAUCAAAUACGCUCUAAAGCUGGAGGAGAGCAGUGGAAGCGGUAAGGAGGAAAUAUUUACAGAAAGUAAAAGAUUUAUCUACUUAAAAAUAGAUAAAAUAAGAGCAGUGGCGACCGACUUUAGAGAAGGCUGUCCCGAUAAAAUAAGGGCUGAGGCGUGGAGAGUAUCAUUAUUAAGCCUCCUAGCAAGCUCUCCAUUUAUGUUAAGCGAAGCGAGCGCGAGAGAACGCGCGCGUAAGCGACGAAGCCUCGCCCCUCGCACUCGCGUCUCUUCGCGUCUCCUUUCGUAUACUGCUCUCGCGUGACUUCUCGAGACUUCGCCAAGUGGACAGCUCGCUCGCAGCCUAAUGAUUAUUUUCUAGAGGGGUCUUUGCCCAUCACCCCUGAUUACAACUGCAUGCGGCUCCUCUUUCUGAACUUCUGGACAUCUGUUCGAUUCAAUUACUUCGAGACAACGAGUUUGUUUAUCUAAGAACCAAUAAGUCAAAAUUAAUGUUGUAUCUAACGGUUUGUCUCUUUUUAGAGUCCCGCACAAGAGCAAUUGUUGGAUUUGAUCCAAACCAGUGGAGUAAGUGGUACAAAGAUGACCCUAAGCUGGCAAAUCUAGAAUUAAGAGAUCCAGGAAAACGUCUUGUUAAAGAUUCGCAGAAGUUUUUGGAUACCGGUGGAGAUGUGUACUUCCUCCUCAAAUCAGAUGUGCAAGGCGAACUGGAGAAGGUGCUUGACUACCUCAAGGACAGGAUGAAAGAAUUUUGUGGCGACAAUUUUGACGUAACAAAAUCACAACCUCCAAGCAAGGUAAAGUGCAGUUAAAGCACGAUAAUAUGUUUGCCCUACGUAAGAGUAUCAAGAUUCAAGAAUCUGUGAAUUUUUUGCUUUUGAUGUCUGGAAUCAUGGGCUUUGGAAUCCAGAAAACAGCUCAAGGAAUCGAAGAAAAGCAAUCUGUUUUUUCGUCGGUAGAAAAUUCUUUUAGCUCAGAAGGGAAGUGAGAUGGGAAAGGGUAGGAGGGAGGGGACUGGAGGGAAGGGCAACUCCAGAAUCAGACAAUCUACGCAUGGAUCAAAGCCAGCAGUUGACAAGGAUGACGCAGUCGCUAUGGCUUAACUAUUGACUUGGACGACCCCUAUUUUGGUUCAGUAAAAUCCCACAAAAAAGGACUAUCGGUUUGACUUGUCUUUUCCCUUUUUAGAGAAUUCUCCAAAACUCGUUUACUGACGGUGUGGCGAAUCCCUGUGAUGCUGAGAGCAUCAAGAGCUACAUAGUAAAGAACGAAGGUGCAGUAGCGGGCUACCCUGGCUCAACUUAUCUUCUUUCACAGAAGUUUGAAUUCAACUGGACAGUGCUGGGACAAAUGGACAAGGUACGGGCACAAUUUGAUUGAUUAAAGUGCCGUUAAGAGUUAAGAAUCUACCGUGAGCGCUAUGUUGAUACUUGAUCGCAAACUCACAUAUAAUUUAAUACGAUCGGACAUCCUUUACUAAGGCUUGAUAACAAAACUUAUGGAAAACCUUCUCUUAAUAUUAAUAUUUCGGGCGUAAAAUUUAAUUGUGGAAUAAACUAUUCAAAGAUAACAGAUUAUGGAAGAUCUCCGCAUUAAUAGGCGACAGAUGCAAUGGAACUUUGCAAAAAAACCUUUCUUAAGCGUUACAUUAAUUAUAUAUGCUGAUUAACUCUUUUAGAUCCAGAAAGAAGACAUGAUCGGAAGGAAAUCGGGAACUGACACGUUCAUUCCGCACACAGACAAGCGCGCGCACAUCACGUGUGUGCAUGUGGUGCAAGAUGUUCCACCAGUGAACGUGCUUACGCGCCAUCCGCGCGUAUUUCGCGUUUCUAUGCCGUACGGUCACGUGGAAAACGAACCUUCUAAGGAAGAGGGGCUGAUGUAUUUGCACAUGUGCAACAGAGUAGAGACAUUUAAAACAAUUCUUAAGAACAUCGCUGGUAACGACAAGGAAUCCAAGUUGGGCGAAGUUACUGUUGAUAAGUUGAUCAGUGCUGUGCAACCUCUUCAAGGAACUUUCUGGUAUGUGCCAAGUGCCGAGGAGCUAAAGUUACCAACUCUGAAGGAAAGAAGGUAACAGUUUUUUAGAUUCAUUUAUUAAUUUGUUUACAAACGUCGCCAAGAAGCCUGGAUAACUCACAGAGCAAGCUCCACCACGAGGUCCUGAAAAGUCUGUCCAGAUUUAUGACGGGGUUAAAAUACAAAUGCGCAACUUUAAUUUUUUGCCAAAGACUUUGACAUGGUGGGUGAUUUUGGUAGAUCUUUUCAAAGUGGAAGUGCAAAAAACGCCUUGCUGAAGUGCGGGCUACUCGGUGGAAGAAAAAAUAACAACAGAACUAAAUAAACAGCUAAACUAAAACUAAAUAAUCUGCUAAUUAUUUUCUCUGUUGUUAGCUGCCGUUUAGAAUUAUGUUAAAUUGAUAUUUUCCAGGUUCGAGCUGCUGGAUUUUUGGAAUGUACGAAGCCCGACCAAUGACUAUCUGUUCUACAAUCAGAGGGAGUACCUCUACCGCAUGACUACUGGCGGAUACAAUCCAGGGGACCCCCCUAGUGACCGAGUAUUGCGAUUGUUAGACUAUGCCUUUCUGCAAUGGAAUGAUCAGUGGUUCAAGCGCCGUGAAUUCCCCAAGUAUCCCCAUCUUUUGGAAAGGAUUUCACCAAAAAAGAAGGACGUUGUCCAAGGAUCUUCUAUCAUGAUCCGAAAAGGCUGGGCCAUCAAGGUACAUCUUGGGAACUUUACAACAUCGUUUGACACUGAGCUACACUGGGUCGGUCAAGGUGUUAUGUCGAACUGCACCAUGGGCUAUUGAGGUGGGAGGGGGAGGGGGAGGGGGAGGGGGGUGUGCUGGAAACGCCCCAUAGUAAACAAAGCUCACGGCGAAAGAGCUCAAUUCCCUUCACUUUACUUCGGUUUUAAAACAGUUUGCAACUGUUGUAAAGACUCUUAAGGGAAAGUAGGUAUUUUGCAAAGCUUUAUUCUGGGAAUUAUCCUGGGAGGCUUCGCCCCUAUGUUAAACCCGUCACCCAUUAAUAAUAAUACCAUUUUUCACGGAAAAGGUAUACCACCCAUUAAAAAAUGGUACCCUUUUCAAACACCUAAUUACCAACAGAGCAUCAUUUUUUUCUUAAACCUUUAAAAAUCAAGGUAAAAAAAGAUAAGGAGCGUCCGAAAUAUUUUAAUCAAAGACUCCUUUAAAUACCUAAAUGACAGAGUUGCCUUCUCCUUCAUGAACAUUCAAAAUCGUGAAAUCCUUACCCUUUCAGUUACCUAAAGUAGCUGUAAAAGGCAUUACUUUGGGGCAGAGUGUCCCAGUUUAGGCCAUUAUAGGUGAGAAGUGACUGAUUGUAAUUGUUGAUGUCUUAGGUGUCACUGGGAAGGCUACUUACGACAAACAAAAUCUCUAAGUUGGAAAAUCCAGCUUUCUUUGGCCGCAAAGCUGAUUCCUUUAGCAUUCACCCUGAUGAGAUUAUCGUGGGCAGAAUGCCUCCUUGUUUCUCGCUGGGACUUGGUAAAGCUGUCAUGCCUUAUUUACAUGAAGACGAGAAGAUGCCUGCUUUCUUCAAGGGACUCAGCGAGGCAGCAGGAAUGGGUCACGUGAUACCUGAUUAUGAGACGCUUUUGCAAAAAGGUGUGACUUUGACUUUACUUUCGUGCGUUCUCGGGCUACUGUUGCGGAGCUCAAAAAUGUGGUUUUGUCAGCUAAAUUCAUUAGUAAAUUCACAACAGUAAAGGGAUUUUAAAAUCCUUGGGGAUUUAGAGAAUAAACGGUUUUCCAUAUUUCGUUGAUUUAGAAAGAAACUUUAAUUUGUCAUGCAUUGGUUCGAAUGAUCCGCAAGAUUUAAAUGUUUAGUAACUGAUUUAGCCUCGGUAAGAACUAAAUUAUGGCACCAUUAAAUGGGAUUAAACCAUCACAAAUUCUAAAUAAAUUUUUUCUCAUGUAUUCAGGUUUGGCCAAGAUGAAACAAGAAAUGAGCGCAAACAAGGGGGACACUAAGGAACAGCAAGAGUUUGUUACCUCGUGCAUGCACACGCUGAAUGGAGUACAGAAGUACAUUAGAAACUUUGGUUUCUUGGCUGGAUACAUGGCUCAGAAAAAUGAAUUCGCCUUGUCGAACGCCCAGAGAGAUAACUUGAAGAAGGUAUCAGUAAAACUGGUGAUUUAUGCCGUUACAUGACUAGCAACAAUCUCGUGGAAUUGCUAACACAUGUACAUGAGGGGAUGUAUAGUAGCUGGUGGGCGAUACCGUUUUAAUUCCUAGGGAGGUUUUAUUGGACUCCUGACUGAUAAAUCGACCCUCCUUCUCCGCAAACCUUCAGCUAUGCACCCCUGCGUAUCACAACCCUAUUUCCUUUAUAAAGUUACCUUGAAUCCCAUGUUAAGUUCUGAUAAUCUAUACUAUAGUUAGAAAGCAUAUUAAGACUUGUAGGCUGAACGAUAACUACGAACAACGUCACACUAAUUUAAAAAGCACGCUCGGAACUUCCAUAUUUACUCCCAGGCUGUUUUCUGUCUCCUAAGGUUGAAGCCAGAAUGAAAAAGAUCGCAACUGACCGCCCUGAGACGUUUGUUGAAGCUGUUCAACUGCUGUAUUCGUUUCACUGCUGUCUGCAUCUCACAGGAGAGCCCACAUCAAUCGGCCGCCUUGAUCAAAUGUUGGAACCAUUCCUCCAGGGGACCCCUGCUGAGGAGGCACAAGAAAUAAUCGACUGUUUGUUCGUGAAGCUUUGUGAGCAUGCGCACCUCAACGCACGGCUGCUGAAUGAUUUAGGAACCUGGGGGAUGACAGCCGUGCCUUAUGCUAGUACAGGCAUGUUUGCUAAUGGGGAUACUAUUAACCAGUGGGUACAACAGGUGAGAACACUACAUAUAACAUUACAUGAUGCGACCACACGACAUGAAACGACACCCACUCAAACCUUAUUGGAACCUCUCCCAAAUGACCGCGAACAAUUUUUGGUGUGAAAGUUUUAUAAUUUUUUUUUACUGUUUUUAGUCUCUUCUAGGCGACGACUUGACUGAUUGUUUGAUCUCAUUUUCCCUGUAUGCACUACGCUAUUCUACUUAAAGUGUACAAAAAUCUUUUGGUGACAACAUGACAGUGCAAUUAUCGUAAUGCCUGUUUCAGGAAGAGACCCCAUGUACUUUAACCUCUAAAUCCUAGCAUUUUCGGUUCGGUAGCCUACAGUGGAUAGGUUCGAAAAACGAAAGGUCGAUCAUCGGCGUAUGACUACUAUACUGAGCUAACUGGAAUAGUUGUUGCUAUAAAAUACAGUGCCAACACCUUGAUAAGGAUAGGACGUAAAAAGUCAAGUCUUAGUAUUUCUCCUUAACCCUUUCACUGCCCAAAUGUAGCCAAAGGCAAAUUUCGACCAGAUUUCCGAAUUUCAUUUUGUAAAAUUUUGAAAAACAAAUAGCACCGUGUGAAAGAACAGGCAGAGAGGUUUCAUUUGAGUGGUCACAUCAUAGGAUUUCGUCCACAGACUCAAAAGUUAGAGUCACCUUACAAAACUCCGUCAAACACUCUGAAAGGGUUCAUAUUGUACUUCGUUCAUUGCAGAUCACCGUGGGUGGUUACAAAGCUAAUGACGCAAGCGCUCCUGAGGACGGAUGUAAUGCAAUCACCCUGAUGUGUCUGAAAGCGUCACGAAGACUUCCUCUCACUGCUCCAUGUUUGUCUCUGAGAAUGCACAAAAACAUGCCCACAGAGGUAAUUGAUUGUCUUCAGCUUGGGGGUAUCUUCAUACAGCGUAUUUUUUAAUCGUAUGUUCAAUUGCGCAAUCUAAGGAUGUAUAUAUACUCUUUACUUAACACAAAUGGGAGGACUAACAUAUCAUCUGCAUUCAGUUUCAAAAUCAAAAACAACCGUCGAGUCAGUCUUAAAGUUUUCCAAUCGGGUUCAGGAGCUCUGAAUGAAUUACUUCUCAGACCACUUUCGUAUUGUGACACUUGCAUGACACGUAAAGAGUUCUGCGGAGGAAUUGAUCGCUAUUAAUAACCAACUCCUGCAUUUGUUUUGAAUAGGUUCUUAAAGAGGCAGCUAAAACCGCACUUAGCGGAGGAGCUCAUCCUGUGCUUCUUCACGAUGACAGCCUUAUCGAGGGCCUUCAGAAAGCCGGUACCCCGGAUUUACCAGUGAGCCUGAAAAGCGCGCGAAACUAUGCUUGCGACGGCUGCUACGAGCCUAUUUUUCCAGGCGAGACUGACUUCUCAUUGGCCUAUAUAGCUCUGCUGCAGGUACUGGAAAUGGCAAUCAAUCAUGGAUCCACUUACGCCUUAGCUGGUCCUGCUUACCUGGAAGGAGCUCCCCAGUCACUGCCUACUGUACCUCCAGAGGAAAUAAGCAGUUUUGAGCAGGUGUGAAUAUUCACUCUCAAAAGUCAAAGUCAAAGUCAUUUUCGUUUUGUUAAAUGCUGAAAACAUAUAUGUACUAUUCAAAAAGUUUUAUUUGAAUGAUCACAUUGCCGGAUUUCAUACUGACUGAAGGAGGAUUCAUGCUGAGGAGGAAUGUAAACGUUCAAAAUUCCAGUAUUUUGUCCACAAACUCAAAAGAAGACUCGAUCAUCCACUCUGGGUGUAAAGGGUUAACCUUUUUGUCUCUUGUAUAGUCAUGCGACCCUUUCACCAAAAAAAAAAAAAAAAAAAUACUCAAGCUACAGAUCUCCCGCUCACAAAUGCCAAAUAUCUUGCUUAAGCCCCGUGCAAACGAACGCAAUAUUGUUGGAUGUUACAUGUUGCGUCCGUUUACCCAACCUGUUGCAUGUUGUUGCGCGAAGUUUGAAACCGGGCAAACGUUUAGCUACGUGCAAACGGACGCAACAACUCCCAACAUUGCUGGGCCAACAAGUUGGGAGUUGUUGCGUCCGCUUCCAAGUAGCUUUGCAUUUCUUUUCUCUUCACUUAGCUCAAGGAAUUGUUUGCCCUUCACCUGCGCGUGCGCACAGAGUACAACAUUUUCCUCCUGCUAAUCAACUACGGCAACAUUGUUGAGUUCUGCCCCAGCCCACUGCUCUCGUCUGUCAUCCGUGGCUGCCUGGAAACAAAGCGCGACAUUUACAAUGGAGGUGCUAAUUACGCCUUAAUCGGAGUGCAGUUCAUUACUUUCGCCAACACAGUGGACGCACUCUACGCAAUUAAAAGGCUGUGUUUUGAUCAUGACUCGGCAGUCAUUUCCUUGUCCGAGAUGGUUCGCUGUCUGAAGUGUGACUGGGGAUUCAACAUGCAAGAGCCAUUCCACGACGACCUCGCUGGCAACACGCGUGGCCAGAGGCUAUCUGACACCUACCAGGAAGUCCGAGAGAGAGCUCUGCUGUUGCCGAAAUUUGGAACAGCCGAGGCAGCCGAAAAUGUGGACAUUCAGAAUAUCACCAGGUGAGCAGCCUGAGUCAGGCAAUAUGUGUUUUACAAUACGUUUUGGUGGUCUCUAUGUUUAAAAAGCCAUGGCUACGUUUGAACGUCCUUUUCGAUAUGUUAUUGUGGGUGGAUCCUUAGUGAUGUACAUGAAGAUAUAUAUGCUGCAAACAAAAUUCUUUGUGUCAUUUGCGAGACGGGGUAGGGAUGAGACAAUGACAGUCCUUGGUGCUGUGGGGUUGCACAUCACCCAUCUUAUUUUUCAAGCAAUUAACUGAUCUGUCGAAGAAAAUUACAAAGUUUUUGAUUUCUAGCACCACGCUAUUCCAAUAGAUUGCAAGUACGUUGUUAUUUAAUUUGUGAAGCCAUUUUGUUGGAAAAAAAACUUAAAAAAGAAUAAAACUUGUGGUUAAGAGUUUUUAACGUCCUGGUCAUUCAAAGCGUAAACAGGACUAAAACGAAAAAAAGACUACAAAGAGAGAGGGUUUGCGAGGAGUCCUAUUUUUAUAGCCUAUGGAAAACCAACCAUUGACCAACAGGGCUUAAUUUAAAUACCUACAUGUGAAAAUUACAAACCUUUUGUGGGUAGUAGUAUAAACCCGUGAUAUUUGGCAUAAAUACCACUCGUGAUAUUUCAAAAUUGUCUCUUUCAAAAUUGGGUUUGCGAGAUAUUUAUGCCAAAUUUCACUACAAAAUAUUACUUAAUAUUACUUAAUAAGUCAUCUCUACCUUCCCAGUUGGUUGGCUGAUCAAGUUGCAAAUGUGACCCAGAAGGUGGCCGGGAUGCACCAGACGGUCAACCGCUGAAGGACCUCAUCAGCGGCUUGAAAAAGAAAUACUCAGUUCCUGGAGCACCAUUUGACGUUCUGCUACCGACAGGAUCCGGGACAUUUGAAGGAUACGUCGGGUGGGGAGCAGGGUGCGGUGCAUCUGCUGACGGACGGCGCUCGGGCUCACCUGUAGCUUCCGACAUUGGUGCCGCUCCAACUCCAUUGGACAAGCCUGCCACCGCCAAAAGCUCGGAAAUAUAUAAGUAAGAAAGCAUUCUAUAUCAGGGACUGGUUGUUUAAAAGUUGGUAGAGCUUUCCACCGGAUAAAUCGCUCUCUAGUGGACAACGCUAUCCACUUUUUAAACAACCAGCACCAGGAUGUUUAUUUGAGGCAAAAACCUUUAACUUUUUUAUGAAAAGAGUUUGUUCUUGUUUAGAUUUGGCUCUGACUUUAGUGUCUGAGAAUGAGAUCCCUAUGUGCCAUCAUUCAUACAAAGUUUAUCAGCAGUACUUUAACGUGGAACUGUUUCGUAUGCUCUUUUAUUGGCUAUUGAGAUGAUUCCAUGUGACUAUUGUAAUCGAAACUAUACAGAAUAACUUUCAUGUGGUGAGGGUGAAAAAAAUGCUGCUAAUCUCGUGCUGUGAUUUAUUAUCGGAAAAACGUUGUACAUGAUCCCAGCCAGGUAUACGUUUUCUUUCUCUCUUUUUCCCAAUCUAGGUCGAUGAAGUGCUGGGAUUUGCCUUCUAUCAAGGUUGGUUUUGCUAAUGGGGCCGAGAUAGGUCUGAAGAUCGAUGAGAAAUUCAGGGAAGGCGAUUUGGUCACCUUCUUGAAGAAUUAUGCUGACGGAAACGGCAUCGGGGGAAAUAUCAUAACAAGUAGGUUGCUUAUAAAGUACACAAUGGAAAAUAACACUUCAAAUAAAGCAAUGUUCUGAAAUGAAUUGGUUUGAAGCCUGACAAAAAUUCUUCGCUAUCCGUCAUAUCGUCACUUCUUGUCUCCGUGGUUGAUAAGCCAUGAAACACUCUCUCUCGUGGUUAACAGGGAGUGGAAGCAAAGACGUUUUUUAGCGACGCACGUCCAACGGAAGUGAGGCAUUUUCCCUUUUAAUAUGCCUUGACCCUAACAAAUUUGAAUUGCUAAGAGUCUUUGCGUUCAUAGAGACGAUUUGUCCGAAAAAGAGUGCAAAAUAAUCACUUCCGGUUGAUCAUGACGAGCGUCGCUUAAAAACCUCUUUGCUUAAAGGAGCUGUGUCACGAAAUUCAGCCAAAUUAGGUAUUACAAAUGCCCGUUAAAUUAAGAGAAACAUAAACAUAACCGCUUAAAACAGUAAAGGAAGGUUAAAAUAACACAACAGAUACAAAAGAUUCCACCGAUGGGCAAAAGUGAAGAAGAUUAAAACGGAUUGAAAUUAGUGUUUUUGAAAACUGUUCAGCCUAACAGUUUUUCAAAGUUGAUCUCUGCUGUUUGCAACUUUAAAAAUAAUGCUCAGGAGACAUAUUUGUUUGUCUCGAAUCUCUGAUUUUGUCAUUUACAUGUAAUUUCUUUGCUUGCUUUAAGUUUCAUAGCGAUUGAGGGCAAGUAAUUGGCAAAAUAAAACAAAAUGAACUGGACUGCCGCGACACAGCCCCUCUAAAACUCCCUUAUAAUUAUUUCAUAACCAAACGUAAGGGUAAACCACUGUCAUCUUUCUAAUAUGUUACAUUUUUACUGCAGUUACCUGUUCCGACCCCGAGACCUUCUCCAAUGCUCAGAAAAAUCCUGAGAAGUACGAUCUGAUCCGUGUGCGUACAGGAGGCUGGGGCGAGUUUUUCAUCACCUUCUUCACUGCUCAUCAGAAGCACAUGGAAAGGAGGCUUUACUAUCACGUGGCCUAAAGUUCCACUCGCAGAUACCGGCUUUUUUAAAUCUGGAAUAAGGAAUUUGCUUAAUAGAUGAAGUAAUGGUGAAGUGCAAUUACAUGAAAUCCAAAAUUCAAUAAAUGCAGAAGUGAAACUGACUGAUCAUAUGUGUUCUCUUUUGUCCCCAACCAAAUAAACUUUUAUUUCUGCUUUGAAAAUUACAGAGAUAUCAAGACCUUGACAGUAUACCUCAACUGGUUCGCCCAAAGUAUUUCUGCUUUAGAAAAAAAAUUGCUAACGAGUCUAACGGUUAUGAAACCUGUUAGACUCCUUUGUUAUAUGUUUUUGUUAGCUUUUUUGGGACCUGACCGUACACAACGUUCAAUGGAAUCCCUAUCAUUUUGAACUCACUGACCAAUAGAAACAUCGCAUUAAUUUAUUCGGUCACAAUUAUUUUGUGAAAGGAUUGUGGACGGUCAGUGAGCUUUCAACAGAUAAGACAACUUUAUUAUAUCUCUUCAGGAUAUCUCUAUUUACAAAAAUCUUUGUACAAAAUUAUUCCUGAACAUGUAACUACAGCAUAAACUACAUCACCGUUGUUUUCAACUUUGAUGUUUGCCGGUUUCCAUAACCAGUCUCCUCUACUAUAAACCAUGAAUAGAUAAAAACGCUUUGGAGAUGUCACUUUGUUGUUCAGAAAAUAAACCUUUUUCAAAAAUUGGUCGUCCAGCACUGCUGGCCACAUGCAUAGAUUGCUAAUACCAUACCUUAUCGUGGUUUCAUUAAAGACUGAGCUAGCAGAGCAGUUGAUUUGAUCCACGAUGAAUUGCCGUUUCAAGUUGUCGCACGUGCGUCGUAAUGGAGCGAAACGAUCUUCUUUUGCUCGCUUCAGUUGCCUGUAUUCUUAAGGUGGUAAUGAUUUGAAAUAUUAACAUCACUCAGCUGAGAAUAAUUGCAACUUCUGACACUGAGAGAGGUGAGUGCCGCAACUGCCUCUACCUCUGCUAAUGUGCUUCGAUCGGUUUAUGACAGUAACAUAUUCUCACUACCAACAAUACACAUGAAUCUACAUUGAGAUAUGAAGAGGUGAAAAUGGUCGCUGUUCACAGGGGUGGACAGCGGUACAUUCACGUGCAUCGAAGGCAGUGCACGGUGCCAUGCCUGGAGGGGUGGGAGGGUGGGUCGCUGACCACCCUCUGAGAUGUUAUUAGACAAAUGCACACAACAAGAAGAAUGGUGGUAAUAUAUACAACGCUAGGAAUUGUGGGAUAUCUGUUGAUAUGAAAAUAUUCCUGCUUUAUUUCAGGUACUGAAAACAGAAUUCUAGGUCUCAAAUGUAGUAAAAUCGUGUGACGUCAACACGCGGCUCCCUGCUGAUUCCUGAGCAGGUCAAAGCCCCACACGUGACAGCUAAAAAGGCAGUUUAUCCAUCCUUGCAGCUUAAAAUAAUGUUUAAUAAAAUUUGUUAAUUGAGUGGAAAGCAAACAAAGAAGGCCCUUUAACAGCUUUACUUUGACCAAAAAAAGGAAAGAAAAAGAUUGUUUAUUACUACCGCUAACUAAUCAGAAUUGGCACCUCUCAAGGAGCAUGACUAAUGAGCCUUUAAUUCAAGUUUCCCGGGAAAUGCAAAUAUCAUUUUUAACGUUAAAGGAAUGUCAGAAAACGUGCCACGAUGCCAUUCGUGAAAGAAUAAAUAGGAUUGCUUCUUUCACAAGUUCCCCCGGCUUAGAUCUUCAACUUAGACAUUUUAUCCUUCACUUGCGUGUUCUAAAAUUUAAUUGCUUUAAGCUGACAUUGCUUGAAAAAGGUUUUAUUUGUUCACAAGAUGGAUGAUUGAUGAAUCGUCUACACGUCAGUCGUACGUAUUGAACCUUGAAUUAACUAAAACGAAAAAGGUCAAUUUUAACCAAAUUACUUUUAAUAUAAUCAGUCGUUUGUCCCCACACCCAUCCUUUAUAUACUCUCCUGUGACUGAGGUUCAAUUAUUUUGUUGCAGAUUCAAUGAUGGGCAUGAGAAUAAGUUAGAAUAGAACUAUAUUUACAAGCUGCAUUCAUGGUUUCAGACGUCCAAAUUAAUGAAUUCAAAGGAAACGUGACUGUAUGAAAAAGUGUUUGCCAACUAGACGUCCUAUUCACCAUUUACUGUCUGAACUUUAACAUAUUAAAAUUGAAAUGUGCUUUUAAUUGGUUUUCUUUGUUUAACAUUUCACUGAAGUCGUCUGUAAGUCUGAUUAUACUGCCACUGGGCGGGGACGGUUCUAUAUAGUUUCCGGGUGGUUCAACUGAGACCUCUUAGCUGAGCUUCCAAAGACUACAGUCACAACAAAACCCCCGUACAAUUGCCAACUGGCGCAACGAAAAAAAAAAAUGGUUAAAUUUCACCAGCCACUAAAAUAACACUUUGAUUUGCCUCUCAUAAGAAUACUGGAACCGUAUUACCGAGAACUAAAAUUUCCAGCAAGAUAUAUCCUUCCCGACCCUUAAAAACUUAUUCAGCACCCCGUUUCAACAUAUCCAAUGUAUUUCCCUGAGACCAGACUAUGUCAAUCUAAAGGUUGAAAGUGGUUUAUUUUAUUCAAAAGAUCUUCAGUUGUUUGUGCAUCUUGUGGUGUUAACACCUACAGUUACAGGCUACAAAGAGGUAAGAAAUUUCAAGCUGGGUGUGUCAAUUGUUAGUGGUACUGAGUAACAUUCCAUUUAUAAAAAUUCGGAGUCAAAAAUCUGAUCGGCAGAAUCGAAUUUGUAAGUUAACAGAAUUGAAGUCGCAAGAAUGAUUGUCAAAACGUAUGGCUCCGUCGUUUUACGUUUAACGAGAACUAGAUUGUGGCAGUCGCAAACAGAAGCGUAUAAUCCAUGUACUUGUGAGAAAGGAGAAUUGUUACUCUUAAAGUAAAUCUGGUUAUAGAUAUAUAAUGUACUUUUAACGACUAAUUAAUGAUUGCAAUUACUAUUAACUUGCUACGUGGCGAAAGAAAACAAAAAAGAAUUGCGCUGUUAAUAAACGAAGUGAAUUCAAACUCUCCGUUAUAAAAUAGCCAUAGCUUAAACUGUCUUCUUUUCAAAACGUUCUAUGAUAAAAGUUUUUUUCGCUGCAUUGAACUGAAUGCCAAUAAAAGACCCCCGUGGUAUGUGUCAUAAUUCUAAUAUAAAUAGAAAUACUGUAAUUGAAAUGCAAGAUCGGUUGAAAGAAAUCCUUUUAAUUAUAGAUUGUAUUCCCCUAGCUAUAGUUCGUACGUUUCGGGGAUUAAAUAUAGCUGCAGGCAGUGAAUUUUUCGUGAUCUUUGAAAUUGACUGAUCCGUCAUUGAUGACUUCUUCGUUCAAAGUUUUUUUUUCACCGCGCGCUUAUUGAAAAAUUGUUACCAAGACACAUGACUUAAGUCAGAAGAAUUUUGUACCAACGGGCUUUGUUUAACCUUUGCUAUGUCUAUUAAAAGAUUGCAUAGACGCGCGACCAACGUGAAUAUUGCGCAAAAAAGAGAGAAUUUGCAUUUAAUUGUGUUUGAGAGCGAGAAUGUUUUCAUUCUAACUUAUACCGUUGAAUAGAUUUUAUAUAUUGCCUUAACUGAAAUAUAUCCUUUCCGAUUAUUUUAGAGGACUCACUCUGACUAAUUGGGAAAGAUGAGCUCUCAGGUAGGCAGAGAAUUAUUUAUAUGCAGACCCAGCUUAUCAUGGUAUGCCAAUUUGUUCAAAACAAAACGCUACGGGGGAUCAUUUCAGAAUGAGUUCUUCAUCUGAUGUUUCAGAGGUUGGUAAGGAAAAUGAAUAAGAGACAGACGGCGUGAUAAUUACGUCACGUCAUAGCUACAUGUACAGUCCCAAAAAAAUGUUUCGGGAAAAUUUACCUAGAUUUCCGGAAAAGUGGCUGGUGAUCGAGCUAAGGCUCGCUUACCUAAUAGUUUGCUAGCCUGCAGUGCAGGCGUAUUUUGAGCGGGCGAAAGCUGCUUGUUUAUGUUCGUACUGUUGUAAGUGCCAUCUUUGUUAUGCCGAAGGAAGAUUAGGGAGAGUAAAAACAGUAACCCUAAGGGUAGGUGCUAGGGCGAAAGAAGGAAAAAGGGGAGGGGGAGGGGAGAAAAAUAUACUCUUUCUCUUCUCUCUUCCCGCCCCCUACCCCACUCGUUUUGACUCGCCCCAUUUUCUCCCAUCCUUUUAACAUGCGCUUCCGCGAGAAAAACAUUCGCGCGCCCGAAGAAAACGCCUGCACCGCAGGCUAAUAGUUUGCAAACUUUACUUGUGCCUUAGAGUUCCAACAGGAAUGGCGGGAGGAGUCGGGACAGAUGGCUAGUUCUUCUAACAUCAUGUUGAGGAAUUCGUAUUUGAUCAUACAUUUCUUUAAUGUCUACCCUCUCGACUACUCUGGUCUUUUGAAUGUCACCACUCCCAAUCUCUUAAUUAAACAAUAAGUUAAAUUAUUUAACAUUGGGAAGAAUUGAGAAGACCACGGUUUUUUUCUCGAUUUAAGACAUUCAGAGUAUCUGCUCUAUUUAAAAUGAAAUUGUUGAAGAUAGUGCCUCUAGCAUUUUCUUUUUUCCCGUUGAAGACGAAAUGUUGAUUGAGAGGGCCUCAAGCAUAAAAUGUGUCUAAACCUAAACCGGUCCGUAAAAACGCCGUGACAUAGGCCUAGUAUGGGAGUUGCUCGCUCCGGGUUAUGGGCUUCCGUUUUUGUUCUGUUUGGAACGAAAUCAUAGAAGACAGGAGAAGUUAUUAUUCACGUUUAUGCUUUUUUAGAACGAAUUCAAAGAGGAUGAAGUCCUGCACAAGGCUCAGCGAGGCUUAUUCUUCGGAAAACCCAAAUUUGGCAUUUUUGUGCUCGCGCGUUACAAGAAAGGGUUGGAUGUGGAUCGGGAGCAUAGUGGCAUUGUGACUGCAGCCUGUGAUGUGAUCAAAUACGCGCUAAAGCUGGAGGAGAGCAGUGGAAGCGGUAAGGAGGAAAUAUUUACAGAAAGUAAAAGAUUUCUCUGCUUAAAAAUAGAUAAAAUAAGAGCAGUGACGACCGACUUUAGAAAAGGCGGUCCCGAUAAAAUAAGGGCUGAGGCGUAGGGAGUAUCAUUAUUAAGCCUCCUAGCAAGCUCUCCAUUUAUGUUAAGCGAAGCGAGCGCGAGAGAAUGCGCGCGUAAGCGACGAAGCCUCGCCCCUCGCACUCGCGUCUCGUCGCGUCUCUUUUCGUAUACUGCUCUCGCGUGACUUCUGGCGACUUCCCCAAGUGGACAGCUCGCUCGCAGCCUAAUGAUUAUUUUCUAGAGGGGUUUUGCCCAUCACCCCUGAUUACAACUGCAUGCGGCUCCUCUUUCUGAACUUCUGGACACCUGUUCGAUUCAAUUACUUCGAAACAACGCGUUUGUUUAUCUAAGAACCAAUAAGUCAAGAUCAAUGUUAUACAUCUAACGGUUUGUCUCUCAAUAAUUUUUAGAGUCCCGCACGAGAGCAAUUGUUGGAUUUGACCCAAACCAGUGGAGUAAGUGGUACAAAGAUGACCCUCAGCUGGCAAAUUUAGAAUUAAGAGAUCCAGGAAGACGUCUUGUUAAAGAUUCGCAGAAAUUUUUGGAUACCGGUGGCGAUGUGUACUUUCUCCUCAAAUCAGAUGUGCAAGGCGAGCUGGAGAAGGUGCUUGACUACCUCAAGAACAGGAUGAAAGAAUUUUGUGGCGACAAUUUUGACGUAACAAAAUCACAACCUCCAAGCAAGGUAAAGUGCAGUUAAAGCACGAAAAUGUGUUCGCACUAUGUAAGUGUAUCAAGAUUCAGGAAUAUGGGAACUGUUUUUGCUUUUGAAAUCUGGAAUCGUGGGCUUUGGAAUCCAGAAAACAGCUCAAGGAAUCAAAGAAAUAUAAUCUGUUUUUUCGUCGGUAGAAAAUUCUUUUAGCCCAGAAGGGAAGUGAGAUGGGAAGGGGUAGGAGGGGAAGAGCAACUCUAGAAUCAGACAAUCUGUGGAUCAAAGCCAGAAGUUGAGAAGGAUGACGCAGUCACUAUGGCUUAACUAUUGACUUGGACGACCCCUAUUUUGGUUCAGUAAAAUCCCACAAAAAAGGACUAUCGGUUUGACUUGUCUUUUCCCUUUUUAGAGAAUUCUCCAAAACUCGUUUACUGACGGUGUGGCGAAUCCCUGUGAUGCUGAGAGCAUCAAGAGCUACAUAGUAAAGAACGAAGGUGCAGUAGCCGGCUACCCUGGCUCAACUUAUCUUCUUUCACAGAAGUUUGAAUUCAACUGGACAGUGCUGGGACAAAUGGACAAGGUACGGACACAAUUUGAUUGAUUAAAGUACCGUUAAGAGUCAAGAAUCUACCGUGAGCGCUAUGUUGGCACUUGAUUGCAAACUCACAUAUAAUUUAAUACAAUCGGACAUCCUUUACUAAGGCUUGAUAACAAAACUUAUGGAAAACCUUCUCUUAAUAUUAAUAUUUCGGGCGUAAAAUUUAAUUGUGGAAUAAACUAUUCAAAGAUAACAGAUUAUGGAAGAUCUCCGCAUUAAUAGGCGACAGAUGCAAUGGAACUUUGCAAAAAAACCUUUCUUAAGCGUUACAUUAAUUAUAUAUGCUGAUUAACUCUUUUAGAUCCAGAAAGAAGACAUGAUCGGAAGGAAAUCGGGAACUGACACGUUCAUUCCGCACACAGACAAGCGCGCCCACAUCACGUGUGUGCACGUGGUGCAAGAUGUUCCACCAGUGAACGUGCUUACGCGCCAUCCGCGCGUAUUUCGCGUUUCUAUGCCGUACGGUCACGUGGAAAACGAACCUUCUAAGGAAGAGGGGCUGAUGUAUUUGCACAUGUGCAACAGCGUCGAGACAUUUAAAACAAUUCUUAAGAACAUCGCUGGUAACGACAAGGAAUCCAAGUUGGGUGAAGUUACUGUUGAUAAGUUGAUCAGUGCUGUGCAGCCUCUUCAAGGAACUUUCUGGUAUGUGCCAAGUGCCCAGGAGCUAAAGUUACCAACUCUGAAGGAAAGAAGGUAAGAGUAUUUUUAGUUUCAUUUAUUAAUUUGCUUACAAACUUCGCCAAGAAGCCUGGAUAACUCACAGAGCAAGCUCCACCACGAGGUCCUGAAAAGUCCAGAUUUAAUCAUUUCUGUAUACAGUGUGUUACUUUAAUUUUUUGCCAAAGACUUUGAAAUGGUGUGUGAAUUUAGUAGAUCUUUUCAAAGUGGAAGAACAAAAAACGCCAUGCUGAAAAGCGGGCUACUUUGUGGAAGAAAAAACAACAACAGAACUAAAUAAACAGCUUGCAUAUUUAAUCUGCCAAUUAUUUCCUCUGUUGUUAGCUGCCGUUUAGAAUUAUGUUAAAUUGAUAUUUUCCAGGUUCGAGCUGCUGGACUUUUGGAAUGUACGAAGCCCGACCAAUGACUAUCUGUUCUACAAUCAAAGGGAGUACCUCUACCGUAUGACUACUGGCGGAUACAACCCAGGGGACCCCCCUAGUGACCGAGUAUUGCGAUUGUUAGAUUAUGCCUUUCUGCAAUGGAAUGAUCAGUGGUUCAAGCGCCGUGAAUUCCCCAAGUAUCCCCACCUUUUGGAAAGGAUUUCACCAAAAAAGAAGGACGUUGUCCAAGGAGCUUCUAUCAUGAUCCGAAAAGGCUGGGCCAUCAAGGUACAUCUUAGGAAUUUUACGACAUCGUUUGACACUGAGCUACACUGGCUCGGUCAAGGUGUUAUGUCGAACUGCACCAUGGGCUAUUGAGGUGGGAGGGGGAGGGGGAGGGGGGUGUGCUGGAAACGCCUUAUAGUAAACAAAGCUCACGGCGAAAGAGCUCAAUUCCCUUCACUUUACUUCGGUUUUAAAACAGUUUGCAACUGUUGUAAAGCCUCUUAAGAGAAAGUAGGUAUUUUGCAAAAUUUUAUUCCGGGAGGCUUCGCCCCUAUGUUAAACCCGUCACCCAUUAAUAAUAAUACUAUUUUUCACGGAAAAGGUAUACCAUCCAUUAAAAAAUGGUACCCUUUUUAAACACCUAAUUACCAACAGAGUAUCAUUUUUUUCUUAAACCUUUAAAAAUCAAGGUUAAAAAAAGAUGAGUAGCGUCCGAAAUAUUUUAAUCAAAGACUCCUUUAAAUACCUAAAUGACAGAGUUGCCUUCUCCUUCAUGAACAUUAAAAAUCGUGAAAUCCUUACCCUUUCAGUUACCUAAAGUAGCUGAAAAAGGCAUUACUUUAGGGCAGAGCGUCCCAGUUUAGGCCACUAUAGGUGAGAAGUGACUGAAAUUGUAAUUGUUGAUGUCUUAGGUGUCAUUGGGAAGGCUACUUACGACAAACAAAAUCUCUAAGUUGGAAAAUCCAGCUUUCUUUGGCCGCAAAGCUGAUUCCUUUAGCAUUCACCCUGAUGAGAUUAUCGUGGGCAGAAUGCCUCCUUGUUUCUCGCUGGGACUUGGUAAAGCUGUCAUGCCUUAUUUACAUGAAGACGAGAAGAUGCCUGCUUUCUUCAAAGGACUAAGCGAGGCAGCAGGAAUGGGUCACGUGAUACCUGAUUAUGAGACGCUUUUGCAAAAAGGUGUGACUUUGACUUUACUUUCGUGAGUUCUCGGGCUACUGUUGCGGAGCUCAAAAAUGUGGUUUUGUCAGCUAAAUUCAUUAGUGAAUUCACAACAGUAAAGAGAUUUUAAAACCCUUGGGGAUUUAGAGAAUAAACGGUUUUCCAUAUUUCCUUGAUUUAGAAAGAAACUUUAAUUUGUCAUGCAUUGGUUCGAAUGAUCCGCAAGAUUUAAAUGUUUAGUAACUGAUUUAGCUCCGGUAAGAACUAAAUUAUGGCACCAUUAAAUGGGAUUAAACCAUCACAAAUUCUAAAUAAAAUUUUUCUCUUGUAUUCAGGUUUGGCCAAGAUGAAACAAGAAAUGAGCGCAAACAAGGGGGACACUAAGGAACAGCAAGAGUUUGUUACCUCGUGCAUGCACACGCUGAAUGGAGUACAGAAGUACAUUAGAAACUUUGGUUUCUUGGCUGGAUACAUGGCUCAGAAAAAUGAAUUCGCCUUGUCGAACGCCCAGAGAGAUAACUUGAAGAAGGUAUCAAUAAAACUAGUGAUUUAUGCCGUUACAUGACCAGCAACAAUCUCGUGGAAUUGCUAACACAUGUACAUGAGGGGAUGUAUAGUAGCGGGUGGGCGAUACCGUUUUAAUUCCUAGGGAGGUUCUAUUGGCCUCCUGACUGUUGGUAAAUCGACCCUCCUUCUCCGCAAACCUUCAGCUAUGCACCCCUGCGUAUCACAACCCUAUUUCCUUUAUAAAGUUACCUUGAAUCCCAUGUUAAGUUCUGAUAAUCUAUACUAUAGUUAGAAAGCAUAUUAAGACUUGUAGGCUGAACGAUAACUACGAACAACGUCACACUAAUUUAAAAUGCACGCUCGGAACUUCCAUAUUUACUCCCAGGCUCUUUUCUGUCUCCUAAGGUUGAAGCCAGAAUGAAAAAGAUCGCAACUGACCGCCCUGAGACGUUUGUUGAAGCUGUUCAACUGCUGUAUUCGUUUCACUGCUGUCUGCAUCUCACAGGAGAGCCCACAUCAAUCGGCCGCCUUGAUCAAAUGUUGGAACCAUUCCUCCAGGGGACCCCUGCUGAGGAGGCACAAGAAAUAAUCGACUGUUUGUUCGUGAAGCUUUGUGAGCAUGCGCACCUCAACGCACGGCUGCUGAAUGAUUUAGGAACCUGGGGGAUGACAGCCGUGCCUUAUGCUAGUACAGGGAUGUUUGCUAAUGGGGAUACUAUUAACCAGUGGGUACAACAGGUGAGAACACUACAUGUAACAUUACAUGAUGCGACCACACGACAUGAAGCGACACCCACUCAAACCUUAUUGGACCUCUCGCAAAUGACUGCGAACAAUUUUUGGUGUGAAAGUUUUAUGAUUUUUUUUUUAUUGUUUUUAGUCUCUUCUAGGCGACGACUUGACUCAUUGUUUGAUCUCAUUUUCCCUGUAUGCACUACGCUAUUCUACUUAAAGUGUACAAAAAUCUUUUGGUGACAACAUGACAGUGCAAGUAUCGUAAUGCCUGUUUCAGGAAGAGACCCCAUGUACUUUAACCUCUAAAUCCUAGCAUUUUGGGCGGUAGCCUAGCUAGGUUCGACUGUACGGUGGAUCCUUUUUGGUCCCCACACAAAAACGAAACCAGUCAUCGGCGUAUGACUACUAUACUGAACUAACUGGAAUUAUGCUGUUGCUAUAAACUAGUGCCAACACCUUGAUAAGGAUAGGACGAAAAAAGUCAAAUGUUAGUAUUUCUCCUUAACCCUUUCACUGCCAAAUGUAGCCAAAGGCAAAUUUCGACCAGAUUUCCAAAUUUCAUUUCGUACAAUUUUGAAAAACAAAUAGCACCGUGUGAAAGUACAGGCAUAGAGCUCUCUUUUGAAUGGUCACAUAGGAUUUCCUCCACAUUCUCAAAAGUUAGUCACCUUACGAAAUUCCAUCAGGCAGUCUGGCAGAAAGGGUUAAUAUUGUACUUCGUUCAUUGCAGAUCACCGUGGGUGGUUACAAAGCUAAUGACGCAAGCGUUCCUGAGGACGGAUGUAAUGCAAUCACCCUGAUGUGUCUGAAAGCGUCACGAAGACUCCCACUCACUGCUCCAUGUUUGUCUCUGAGAAUGCACAAAAACAUGCCCACAGAGGUAAUUGAACCUAGCCAUCUUCAUACAGCGUAUUUUUUAAUCCUAUGUUCAAUUGCGCAAUCUAAGGAUGUAUAUAUACUCUUUACUUGAACACAAAUGGGAGGACUAACAUAUAUCAUCUGCAUUCAGUUUCAAAAUCAAAAACAACCGUCGAGUCAGUCUUAAAGUUUUCGAAUCGGGUUCACGAGCUCUGAAUGAAUUACUUCUCAGACCACUUUCGUAUUGUGACACUUGCAUAGACUUCAAGUUUUAAUUAAAGAGCUCUGCGGAGGAAUUGAUCGCUAUUCAUAACCAACUCUUGCAUUUGUUUUGAACAGGUUCUUAAAGAGGCAGCUAAAACCGCACUUAGCGGAGGAGCUCAUCCUGUGCUUCUUCACGAUGACAGCCUUAUCGAGGGCCUUCAGAAAGCCGGUACCCCGGAUUUACCAGUGAGCCUGAAAAGCGCGCGAAAUUAUGCUUGCGACGGCUGUUACGAGCCCAUUUUUCCAGGCGAGACUGACUUCUCAUUGGCCUAUAUAGCUCUGCUGCAGGUACUGGAAAUGGCAAUCAAUCAUGGAUCCACUUACGCCUUAGCUGGUCCUACUUACCUGGAAGGAGCUCCCCAGUCACUGCCUACUGUACCUCCAGAGGAAAUAAGCAGUUUUGAGCAGGUGUGAAUAUUCACUCUCAAAAGUCAAAGUCAAAGUCAUUUUCGUUUUGUUAAAUGCUGAAAACAUAUAUUGCCAUGUGAAAGUACUAUUCAAAAAGUUUUAUUUGAAUGAUCACAUUGCCGGAUUUCAUACACAGACUCGAACGUUAGAACUAUGUAUUAAAUAAAUAGUACCCCGUGAAAGCACUGCUGAGGAGGAUUCAUGUAAACGUUCAAAAUUCCAGUAUUUUGUCCACAAACUCAAAAGUUGGAGCCACCUCACAAGACUCGAUCAUCCACUCUGGAUGUAAAGGGUUAACCUUUUGUCUCUUGUAUAGUCAUGCGACCCUUUCACCAAAAAAAAAAAAAAAAUACUCAAGCUACAGAUCUCCCGCUCACAAAUGCCAAAUAUCUUGCUUAAGCCCCGUGCAAACGAACGCAAUAUUGUUGGAUGUUACAUGUUGCGUCCGUUUACCCAACCUGUUGCAUGUUGUUGCGCGAAGUUUGAAACCGGGCAAACGUUUAGCUACGUGCAAACGGACGCAACAACUCCCAACAUUGCUGGGCCAACAAGUUGGGAGUUGUUGCGUCCGCUUCCAAGUAGCUUUGCAUUUCUUUUCUCUUCACUUAGCUCAAGGAAUUGUUUGCCCCUCACCUGCGCGUGCGCACAGAGUACAACAUUUUCCUCCUGCUAAUCAACUACGGCAACAUUGUUGAGUUCUGCCCCAGCCCACUGCUCUCGUCUGUGAUCCGUGGCUGCCUGGAAACAAAGCGCGACAUUUACAAUGGAGGUGCUAAUUACGCCUUAAUCGGAGUACAGUUCAUUACUUUCGCCAACACAGUGGACGCACUCUACGCAAUUAAAAGGCUGUGUUUUGAUCAUGACUCUGCAGUCAUUUCCUUGUCCGAGAUGGUUCGCUGUCUGAAGUGUGACUGGGGAUUCAACAUGCAAGAGCCAUUCCACGACGACCUCGCUGGCAACACGCGUGGCCAGAGGCUAUCUGACACCUACCAGGAAGUCCGAGAGAGAGCUCUACUGUUGCCGAAAUUUGGAACCGCCGAGGCAGCCGAGAAUGCGGACAUUCAGAAUAUCACCAGGUGAGCAGCCUGGAGUCAGGCAAUAUGUGUUUUACAAUACGUUUUGGUGGUCUCCACUUUUGUAAAGCCGUGGCUACGUUGAAAGUCCUUUUCGAUAUGUUAUUGUGGGUGGAUCCUUAGUGAUACAUAUGCUGCUAACAAAAUUCUUUGUGUCAUUUGCGAGGCGGGGUAGGGAUGAGACAAAGACAGUCCUUGGUGCUGUGGGGUUGCACAUCACCGAUCUUAUUUUUCAAGCAAUUGACUGAUCUAUCGAAGUAUAUUACAAAGUUUUUUGAUUUCUAGCACCACGCUAUUCCAAUAGAUUGCAAGUACGUUGUUCUUUAAUUUGUGAAGACAUUUGUUGUAAAAUCAGUGGCUUAUUUUGCCGAAUAAAACUUGUGGUUUCUUUUUAACGUCCUCUUAUUCUAAGGAGUAAACAGGACUAAAAACGAAAAAAAAGACGACAAGAGAGAAAAAUGUAGGAGUCCUCAAGCCUAUGGUCAACCAACCAGCGACCAACAGGGCUAACUUCAGUGCAACACCCCGAGUUUUCGAGAAGGUUUGCGAGAUACGUAUUUCUAUUUUAAUAUUACUUAUAAUAAGUCAUCUCUACCUUCCCAGUUGGUUGGCUGAUCAAGUUGCAAAUGUGACCCAGAAGGUGGCCCGGGAUGCACCAGAUGGUCAACCGCUGAAGGACCUCAUCAGCGGCUUGAAAAAGAAAUACUCAGUUCCUGGAGCACCAUUUGACGUUCUGCUACCGACCGGAUCCGGGACAUUUGAAGGAUACGUCGGGUGGGGAGCAGGGUGUGGUGCAUCUGCUGACGGACGGCGCUCGGGCUCACCUGUAGCUUCCGACAUUGGUGCCGCUCCAACUCCAUUGGACAAGCCUGCCACCGCCAAAAGCUCGGAAAUAUAUAAGUAAGAAAGCAUUCUAUAUCAGGGACUGGUUGUUUAAAGGUUGGUUAGCGUUUCCACCGGAUAAAUCGCUCUCUAGUGGACAACCUAUCCACUUUUUAAACAACCAGCACCAGGAUGUUUAUUUGAGGCAAAAACCUUUAACUUUUUUAUGAAAAGAGUUUGUUCUUGUUUAGAUUUGGCUCUGACUUUAGUGUCUGAGAAUGAGAUCCCUAAGUGCCAUCAUUCAUAUAAAGUUUAUCAGCAGUACUUUAACGUGGAACUGUUUCGUAUGCUCUUUUAUUGGCUAUUGAGAUGAUUCCAUGUGACUAUUGUAAUCGAAGCUAUACAGAAUUACUUUCAUGUGGUGAGGGGUGAAAAAAAUGCUGCUAAUCUCGUGCUGUGAAUUAUUAUCGGAAAAACGUUGUACAUGAUCCCAGCCGGAUAUGCGUUUUCUUUCUCUCUUUUUCCCAAUCUAGGUCGAUGAAGUGCUGGGAUUUGCCUUCUAUCAAGGUUGGUUUUGCUAAUGGGGCCGAGAUAGGUCUGAAGAUCGAUGAGAAAUUCAAGGAGGGCGAUUUGGUCACCUUCUUGAAGAAUUAUGCUGACGGAAACGGCAUCGGGGGAAAUAUCAUAACAAGUAGGUUGCUUAUAAAGUACACAAUGGAAAAUAACACUUCAAAUAAACGCAAUGUUCUGAAAUGACUUGAUUUGAAGCCUGACAAAAAUUCUUCGCUAUCUGUCAUAUCGUCACUUCUUGUCUCCGUGGUUGAUAAGCCAUGAAACACUCUCUCUCGUGGUUAACAGGGAGUUGAAGCCAAGACGUUUUUUAGCGACGAACGUCCUCUGGAAGUGAGGCGUUUUCCCUUUUAAUAUGCCUUGACCCUAACAAAUUUCAAAAACGUCGUUGCUAAACUCCUUAAUAAUUAUUUCAUAACCAAACACGUAAGGGUAAACCACUGUCAUCUUUCUAAUGUGUUACAUUUUUACUGCAGUUACCUGUUCCGACCCCGAGACCUUCUCCAAUGCUCAGAAAAAUCCUGAGAAGUACGAUCUGAUCCGUGUGCGUACAGGAGGCUGGGGCGAGUUUUUCAUCACCUUCUUCACUGCUCAUCAGAAGCACAUGGAAAGGAGGCUUUACUAUCACGUGGCCUAAAGUUCCAUUCGCAGAUACCGGCUUUUGUAAAUCUGGAAUCAGGAAUUUGCUUACUAGAUAGGAUAAUGGUGAAGUGCAAUUAAAUGAAAUCCAAAAUUCAAUAAAUGCAGUAGUGAAAACUGACUGAUCAUACGUGUUAUGUUUUGUCCCCAACCAAAAAACUACAUUUCUGGUUUGAAAAUUACAGAGAUAUCAAGGCCUUGACAGUAUACCUCAAUUGGUUCGCCCGAAGUAUUUCUACUUUUGAAAAAAAACUGCUAACGAGUCUAACGGUUAUGAAACCUGUUAGACUCCUUUGUUAUAUGUUUUUGUUAGCUUUUUUGGGACCUGACCGUACACAACGUUCAAUGGAAUCCCUAUCAUUUUGAACUCACUGACCAAUAGAAACAUCGCAUUAAUUUAUUCGGUCAAAAUUAUUUUGUGAACAAACAGCAAAGGAUUGUGGACGGUCAGUGAGCUUCCAACAGAUAAGACAUCUUUAUUAUAUCUCUUCAGGAUAUCUCUAUUUACAAAAAUCUUUGUACAAAAUUAUUAUGAACAUGUAACUACCGUAUUUAUUCGAUUAACCGCCCUGGGCGCUUAUUAAAUUUUUGGACCUUGAGAGUGGGCGCUUAUUCGAGGUGGGCGCUUAUUCGAGGCUGGGCGCAUAUUAAAUUUUCACCAUUUUCAGAAAGUGAAGUAUGUUUAUUUUGCAACAAAACAAUAAAUAGUAAUGACAAAACGCGAGUAAUAACAAAGCAAGGUUUCUGUAAAAUACUCUGAAGAAAACUCUGUCCUCUGAGAAGUCUCUCAUUAGAAUUUAUUCACCCUAGUGGGUGAGGUGGGGGUGAACGCUUAUUUGAGUUUGAUUGAGAAGGGGAGGGGGUGGGCGCUUAUUCGAGGCUGGGCGCUUAUUAACUUUUUCUACCUUUAGGAUGGGCGCUUAUUCGAGGUGGGCGCUAAUUCGAGGUUGGGCUCUUAUUCGAAUAAAUACGGUACAGCAUAAACUACAGCACCGUUGUUUUCAACUUUGAUGUUUGCCGGUUUCCAUAACCAGUCUCUUCUACUAACCAUGAAUAGAUAAAAACGCUUUGGAGAUGUCACUUUGUUGUUCAGAAAAUAAACCUUUUUCGAAAAAUUGGUCGUCGAGAACUGCUGGCCACAUGCAUAGAUUGCUAAUACCAUACCUUAUCGUGGUUUCAUUAAAGACUGAGCUAGAAGUGCAGUUGAUUUGACCCACGAUGAAUUGCCGUUUCACGUUGUCGCACGAGCGUCGUAAUGGAGCGAAACGAUCUUCUUUUGCCCGCUUCAGUUGCCUGUAUUCUUAAGGUGGUAAUGAUUUGAAAUAUUAACAUCACUCAGCUGAGAAUAAUUGCAACUUCUGACACUGAGAGAGGUGAGUGCCGCAACUACCUCUAGCUCUGCUAAUGUGCUUCGAUCGGUUUAUGACAGUAACAUAUUCUCACUACCAACAAUACACAUGAAUCUACAUUGAGAUAUGGAGAGGUGAAAAUGGUCGCUGUUCACAGGGGUGGACAGUGGUACAUUCACAUGUUUUGAAGGCAGUGCACCGUGUCAUGCCUGGAGGGGUGGGAGGGUGGGUCGCUGACCGCCCUCUGAGAUGUUAUUAGACAAAUUGCACACAACAAGAAGAAUGGUGGUAAUAUAUACAACGCUAGGAAUUGUGGGAUAUCUGUUGAUAUGAAAAUAUUCCUGCUUUAUUUCAGGUACUGAAAACAGAAUUCUAGGUCUCAAAUGUAGUAAAAUCGUGUGACGUCAACACGCGGCUCCCUGCUGAUUCCUGAGCAGGUCAAAGCCCCACACGUGACAGCUAAAAAGGCAGUUUAUCCAUCCUUGCAGCUUAAAAUAAUGUUUAAUAAAAUUUGUUAAUUGAGUGGAAAGCAAACAAAGAAGGCCCUUUAAUAGCUUUACUUUGACCAAAAAAAGGAAAGAAAAAGAUUGUUUAUUACUACCGCUAACUAAUCAGAAUUGGCACCUCUCAAGGAGCAUGACUAAUGAGCCUUUAAUUCAAGUUUCCCGGGAAAUGCAAAUAUCAUUUUUAACGUUAAAGGAAUGUCAGAAAACGUGCCACGAUGCCAUUCGUGAAAGAAUAAAUAGGAUUGCUUCUUUCACAAGUUCCCCCGGCUUAGAUCUUCAACUUAGACAUUUUAUCCUUCACUUGCGUGUUCUAAAAUUUAAUUGCUUUAAGCUGACAUUGCUUGAAAAAGGUUUUAUUUGUUCACAAGAUGGAUGAUUGAUGAAUCGUCUACACGUCAGUCGUACGUAUUGAACCUUGAAUUAACUAAAACGAAAAAGGUCAAUUUUAACCAAAUUACUUUUAAUAUAAUCAGUCGUUUGUCCCCACACCCAUCCUUUAUAUACUCUCCUGUGACUGAGGUUCAAUUAUUUUGUUGCAGAUUCAAUGAUGGGCAUGAGAAUAAGUUAGAAUAGAACUAUAUUUACAAGCUGCAUUCAUAGUUUCAGACGUCCAAAUUAAUGAAUUCAAAGGAAACGUGACUGUCUGAAAAAGUGUUUGCCAACUAGACGUCCUAUUCACCAUUUACUGUCUGAACUUUAACAUAUUAAAAUUGAAAUGUGCUUUUAAUUGGUUUUCUUUGUUUAACAUUUUACUGAAGUCGUCUGUAAGUCUGAUUAUACUGCCACUGGGCGGGGACGUUUCUAUAUAGUUUCCGGGUGGUUCAACUGAGACCUCUUAGCUGAGCUUCCAAAGACUACAGUCACAACAAAACCCCCGUACAAUUGCCAACUGGCGCAACGAAAAAAAAAAUGGUUAAAUUUCACCAGCCACUAAAAUAACACUUUGAUUUGCCUCUCAUAAGAAUACUGGAACCGUAUUACAGAGAACUAGAAUUUCCAGCAAGAUAUAUCCUUCCCGACCCUUAAAAACUUAUUCAGCACCCCGUUUCAACAUAUCCAAGGUAUUUCCCUGAGACCAGACUAUGUCAAUCUAAAGGUUGAAAGUGGUUUAUUUUAUGCAAAAGAUCUUCAGUUGUUUGUGCAUCUUGUGGUGUUAACACCUACAGUUACAGGCUACAAAGAGGUAAGAAAUUUCAAGCUGGGUGUGUCAAUUGUUAGUGGUACUGAGUAACAUUCCAUUUAUAAAAAUUCGGAGUCAAAAAUCUGAUCGGCAGAAUCGAAUUUGUAAGUUAACAGAAUUGAAGUCGCAAGAAUGAUUGUCAAAACGUAUGGCUCCGUCGUUUUACGUUUAACGAGAACUAGAUUGUGGCAGUCGCAAACAGAAGCGUAUAAUCCAUGUACUUGUGAGAAAGGAGAAUUGUUACUCUUAAAGUAAAUCUGGUUAUAGAUAUAUAAUGUACUUUUAACGACUAAUUAAUGAUUGCAAUUACUAUUAACUUGCUACGUGGCGAAAGAAAACAAAAAAGAAUUGCGCUGUUAAUAAACGAAGUGAAUUCAAACUCUCCGUUAUAAAAUAGCCAUAGCUUAAACUGUCUUCUUUUCAAAACGUUCUAUGAUAAAAGUUUUUUUCGCUGCAUUGAACUGAAUGCCAAUAAAAGAACCCCGUGGUAUGUGUCAUAAUUCUAAUAUAAAUAGAAAUACUGUAAUUGAAAAUGCAAGAUCGGUUGAAAGAAAUCCUUUUAAUUAUAGAUUGUAUUCCCCUAGCUAUAGUUCGUACGUUUCGGGGAUUAAAUAUAGCUGCAGUCAGUGGAUUUUUCGUGAUCUUUGAAAUUGACUGAUCCGUCAUUGAUGACUUCUUCGUUCAAAGUAUUUUUUUCACCGCGCGCUUAUUGAAAAAUUGUUACCAAGACACAUGACUUAAGUCAGAAGAAUUUUGUACCAACGGGCUUUGUUUAACCUUUGCUAUGUCUAUUAAAAGAUUGCAUAGACGCGCGACCAACGUGAAUAUUGCGCAAAAAAGGGAGAAUUUGCAUUUAAUUGUGUUUGAGAGCGAGAAUGUUUUCAUUCUAACUUAUACCGUUGAAUAGAUUUUAUAUAUUGCCUUAACUGAAAUAUAUCCUUUCCGAUUAUUUUAGAGGACUCACUCUGACUAAUUGGGAAAGAUGAGCUCUCAGGUAGGCAGAGAAUUAUUUAUAUGCAGACCCAGCUUAUCAUGGUAUGCCAAUUUGUUCAAAACAAAACGCUACGGGGGAUCAUUUCAGAAUGAGUUCUUCAUCUGAUGUUUCAGAGGUUGGUAAUAUAAGGAAAAUGAAUAAGAGACAGACGGCGUGAUAAUUACGUCACGUCAUAGCUACAUGUACAGUCCCAAAAAAAUGUUUCGGGAAAAUUUACCUAGAUUUCCGGAAAAGUGGCUGGUGAUCGAGCUAAGGCUCGCUUACCUAAUAGUUUGCUAGCCUGCAGUGCAGGCGUAUUUUGAGCGGGCGAAAGCUGCUUGUUUAUGUUCGUACUGUUGUAAGUGCCAUCUUUGUUAUGCCGAAGGAAGAUUAGGGAGAGUAAAAACAGUAACCCUAAGGGUAGGUGCUAGGGCGAAAGAAGGAAAAAGGGGAGGGAGAGGGGAGAAAAAUAUACUCUUUCUCUUCUCUCUUCCCGCCCCCUACCCCACUCCUUUUGACUCGCCCCAUUUUCUCCCAUCCUUUUAACAUGCGCUUUCGCGAGAAAAACAUUCGCGCGCCCGAAGAAAACGCCUGCACCGCAGGCUAAUAGUUUGCAAACUUUACUUGUGCCUUAGAGUUCCAACAGGAAUGGCGGGAGGAGUCGGGACAGAUGGCUAGUUCUUCUAACAUCAUGUUGAGGAAUUCGUAUUUGAUCAUACAUUUCUUUAAUGUCUACCCUCUCGACUACUCUGGUCUUUUGAAUGUCACCACUCCCAAUCUCUUAAUUAAACAAUAAGUUAAAUUAUUUAACAUUGGGAAGAAUUAAGAAGACCACGGUUUUUUUCUCGAUUUAAGACAUUCAGAGUAUCUGCUCUAUUUAAAAUGAAAUUGUUGAAGAUAGUGCCUCUAGCAUUUUCUUUUUUCCCGUUGAAGACGAAAUGUUGAUUGAGAGGGCCUCAAGUAUAAAAUGUGUCUAAACCUAAACCGGUCCGUAAAAACGCCGUGACAUAGGCCUAGUAUGGGAGUUGCUCGCUCCGGGUUAUGGGCUUCCGUUUUUGUUCUGUUUGGAACGAAAUCAUAGAAGACAGGAGAAGUUAUUAUUCACGUUUAUGCUUUUUUAGAACGAAUUCAAAGAGGAUGAAGUCCUGCACAAGGCUCAGCGAGGCUUAUUCUUCGGAAAACCCAAAUUUGGCAUUUUUGUGCUCGCGCGUUACAAGAAAGGGUUGGAUGUGGAUCGGGAGCAUAGUGGCAUUGUGACUGCAGCCUGUGAUGUGAUCAAAUACGCGCUAAAGCUGGAGGAGAGCAGUGGAAGCGGUAAGGACGAAAUAUUUACAGAAAGUAAAAGAUUUCUCUGCUUAAAAAUAGAUAAAAUAAGAGCAGUGACGACCGACUUUAGAAAAGGCGGUCCCGAUAAAAUAAGGGCUGAGGCGUAGGGAGUAUCAUUAUUAAGCCUCCUAGCAAGCUCUCCAUUUAUGUUAAGCGAAGCGAGCGCGAGAGAAUGCGCGCGUAAGCGACGAAGCCUCGCCCCUCGCACUCGCGUCUCGUCGCGUCUCUUUUCGUAUACUGCUCUCGCGUGACUUCUGGCGACUUCCCCAAGUGGACAGCUCGCUCGCAGCCUAAUGAUUAUUUUCUAGAGGGGUUUUGCCCAUCACCCCUGAUUACAACUGCAUGCGGCUCCUCUUUCUGAACUUCUGGACACCUGUUCGAUUCAAUUACUUCGAAACAACGCGUUUGUUUAUCUAAGAACCAAUAAGUCAAGAUCAAUGUUAUACAUCUAACGGUUUGUCUCUCAAUAAUUUUUAGAGUCCCGCACAAGAGCAAUUGUUGGAUUUGACCCAAACCAGUGGAGUAAGUGGUACAAAGAUGACCCUCAGCUGGCAAAUUUAGAAUUAAGAGAUCCAGGAAGACGUCUUGUUAAAGAUUCGCAGAAAUUUUUGGAUACCGGUGGCGAUGUGUACUUUCUCCUCAAAUCAGAUGUGCAAGGCGAGCUGGAGAAGGUGCUUGACUACCUCAAGAACAGGAUGAAAGAAUUUUGUGGCGACAAUUUUGACGUAACAAAAUCACAACCUCCAAGCAAGGUAAAGUGCAGUUAAAGCACGAAAAUGUGUUCGCACUAUGUAAGUGUAUCAAGAUUCAGGAAUAUGGGAACUGUUUUUGCUUUUGAAAUCUGGAAUCGUGGGCUUUGGAAUCUAGAAAACAGCUCAAGGAAUCAAAGAAAUAUAAUCUGUUUUUUCGUCGGUAGAAAAUUCUUUUAGCCCAGAAGGGAAGUGAGAUGGGAAGGGGUAGGAGGGGAAGAGCAACUCUAGAAUCAGACAAUCUGUGGAUCAAAGCCAGAAGUUGAGAAGGAUGACGCAGUCACUAUGGCUUAACUAUUGACUUGGACGACCCCUAUUUUGGUUCAGUAAAAUCCCACAAAAAAGGACUAUAGGUUUGACUUGUCUUUUCCCUUUUUAGAGAAUUCUCCAAAACUCGUUUACUGACGGUGUGGCGAAUCCCUGUGAUGCUGAGAGCAUCAAGAGCUACAUAGUAAAGAACGAAGGUGCAGUAGCCGGCUACCCUGGCUCAACUUAUCUUCUUUCACAGAAGUUUGAAUUCAACUGGACAGUGCUGGGACAAAUGGACAAGGUACGGACACAAUUUGAUUGAUUAAAGUACCGUUAAGAGUCAAGAAUCUACCGUGAGCGCUAUGUUGGUACAAGCUGAUUGCAAACUCACAUAUAAUUUAAUACGAUCGGACAUCCUUUACUAAGGCUUGAUAACAAAACUUAUGGAAAACCUUCUCUUAAUAUUAAUAUUUCGGGCGUAAAAUUUAAUUGUGGAAUAAACUAUUCAAAGAUAACAGAUUAUGGAAGAUCACCGCAUUAAUAGGCGACAGAUGCAAUAGAACUUUGCAAAAAAACCUUUCUUAAGCGUGACAUUAAUUAUGCUGAUUAACUCUUUCAGAUCCAGAAAGAAGACAUGAUCGGAAGGAAAUCGGGAACUGAUACGUUCAUUCCGCACACAGACAAGCGCGCGCACAUCACGUGUGUGCAUGUGGUGCAAGAUGUUCCACCAGUGAACGUGCUUACGCGCCAUCCGCGCGUAUUUCGCGUUUCUAUGCCGUACGGUCACGUGGAAAACGAACCUUCUAAAGAAGAGGGGCUGAUGUAUUUGCACAUGUGCAACAGCGUCGAGACAUUUAAAACAAUUCUUAAGAACAUCGCUGGUAACGACAAGGAAUCCAAGUUGGGUGAAGUUACUGUUGAUAAGUUGAUCAGUGCUGUGCAGCCUCUUCAAGGAACUUUCUGGUAUGUGCCAAGUGCCGAGGAGCUAAAGUUACCAACUCUGAAGGAAAGGAGGUAAGAGUUUUUUAGAUUCAUUUAUUAAUUUGUUUACAAACGUCGCCAAGAAGCCUGGAUAACUCACAGAGCAAGUUCCACCACGAGGUCCCGAAAAGUCUGUCCAGAUUUAAUCAUUUCUGUUUUCAUGACGGGGUUAAAAUACAAAUGCGCUACUUUAAUUUUUUGCCAAGCACUUUGACAUGGUGGGUGAUUUUGGUAGAUCUUUUCAAAGUAGAAGUGAAAAAAACGCCUUGCUGAAGAGCGGGCUACUCGGUGGAAGAAAAAAUAACAACAGGACUAAAUAAACAGCUAAACUAAAACUAAAUAAUCUGCUAAUUAUUUCCUCUGUUGUUAGCUGCCGUUUAGAAUUAUGUUAAAUUGAUAUUUUCCAGGUUCGAGCUGCUGGAUUUUUGGAAUGUACGAAGCCCGACCAAUGACUAUCUGUUCUACAAUCAAAGGGAGUACCUCUACCGUAUGACUACUGGCGGAUACAACCCAGGGGACCCCCCUAGUGACCGAGUAUUGCGAUUGUUAGACUAUGCCUUUCUGCAAUGGAAUGAUCAGUGGUUCAAGCGCCGUGAAUUCCCCAAGUAUCCCCACCUUUUGGAAAGGAUUUCACCAAAAAAGAAGGACGUUGCCCAAGGAGCUUCUAUCAUGAUCCGAAAAGGCUGGGCCAUCAAGGUACAUCUUAGGCAUUUUACAACAUCGUGUGACACUGAGCUACACUGGGUCGGUCAAGGUGUUGUGUCGAACUGCACCAUGGGCUAUUGAGGUGGGAGGGGGAGGGGGAGGGGGGGUGUGCUGGAAACGCCCCAUAGUAAACAAAGCUCACGGCGAAAGAGCUCAAUUCCCUUCACUUUACUUCGGUUUUAAAACAGUUUGCAACUGUUGUAAAGCCUCUUAAGGGAAAGUAGGUAUUUUGCAAAGUUUUAUUCUGGUAGGCUUCGCCCCUAUGUUAAACCCGUCACCCAUUAGUAAUAAUACCAUUUUUCAGGGAAUAGGGAAACCAUCCGUUAAAAAAUGGUGCCCUUUUUAAACACCUAAUUACCAACAGAGCAUCAUUUUUUCUUAAACCUUUAAAAAUCAAGGUAAAAAAAGAUGAGUAGCGUCCGAAAUAUUUUAAUCAAAGACUCCUUUAAAUACCUAAAUGACAGAGUUGCCUUCUCCUUCAUGAACAUUAAAAAUCGUGAAAUCCUUACCCUUUCAGUUACCUAAAGUAGCUGAAAAAGGCAUUACUUUAGGGCAGAGCGUCCCAGUUUAGGCCACUAUAGGUGAGAAGUGACUGAAAUUGUAAUUGUUGAUGUCUUAGGUGUCAUUGGGAAGGCUACUUACGACAAACAAAAUCUCUAAGUUGGAAAAUCCAGCUUUCUUUGGCCGCAAAGCUGAUUCCUUUAGCAUUCACCCUGAUGAGAUUAUCGUGGGCAGAAUGCCUCCUUGUUUCUCGCUGGGACUUGGUAAAGCUGUCAUGCCUUAUUUACAUGAAGACGAGAAGAUGCCUGCUUUCUUCAAGGGACUCAGCGAGGCAGCAGGAAUGGGUCACGUGAUACCUGAUUAUGAGACGCUUUUGCAAAAAGGUGUGACUUUGACUUUACUUUCGUGCGUUCUCGGGCUACUGUUGCGGAGCUCAAAAAUGUGGUUUUGUCAGCUAACUUCAUCAGUAAAUUCACAACAGUAAAGAGAUUUUAAAAUCCUUGGGGAUUUAGAGAAUAAACGGUUUUCCAUAUUUCGUUGAUUUAGAAAGAAACUUUAAUUUGUCAUGCAUUGCUUCGAAUGAUCCGCAAGAUUUAAAUGUUUAUAGUGACUGAUUUAGCCUCGGUAAGAACUAAAUUAUGGCACCAUUAAAUCACAAAUUCUAAAUAAAAUUUUUCUCAUGUAUUCAGGUUUGGCCAAGAUGAAACAAGAAAUGAGCGCAAACAAGGGGGACACUAAGGAACAGCAAGAGUUUGUUACCUCGUGCAUGCACACGCUGAAUGGAGUACAGAAGUACAUUAGAAAUUUUGGUUUCUUGGCUGGAUACAUGGCUCAGAAAAAUGAAUUCGCCUUGUCGGACGCCCAGAGAGAUAACUUGAAGAAGGUAUCAAUAAAACUAGUGAUUCAUGCCGUUACAUGCCAAGCAACAAUCUCGUGGAAUUGCCAUUACCAUCACGACAUGAACAUAAGCGGAUGUAUAGUAGCGGGUGGGCGAUACCGUUUCAACCUUCUCCGCAAACCUUCAGCUAUGCACCCUUGCGUGUCACAACCGUUUUUCCUUUAUGAAGUUACUUCGAAUCCCAUGUUAAGUUCUGAUAAUGUAUACUAUAGUUAGAAAGCAUAUUAAGACUUGUAUAUAGACUGAACGAUAUACGACGAACAACCUCACGCUAACUGUAAAAUGCGCGCGCGGAACUUCCAUAUUUACUCCCAGGCUGUUUUCUGUCUCCUAAGGUUGAAGCCAGAAUGAAAAAGAUCGCAACUGACCGCCCUGAGACGUUUGUUGAAGCUGUUCAACUGCUGUAUUCGUUUCACUGCUGUCUGCAUCUCACAGGGGAGCCCACAUCAAUCGGCCGCCUUGAUCAAAUGUUGGAACCAUUCCUCCAGGGGACCCCUGCUGAGGAGGCACAAGAAAUAAUCGACUGUUUGUUCGUGAAGCUUUGUGAGCAUGCGCACCUCAACGCACGGCUGCUGAAUGAUUUAGGAACCUGGGGAAUGACAGCCGUGCCUUAUGCUAGUACAGGGAUGUUUGCUAAUGGGGAUACUAUUAACCAGUGGGUACAACAGGUGAGAACACUACAUGUAACAUUACAUGGUGCGACCACACGACAUGAAGCGACACCCACUCAAACCUUAUUGGAACCCUCUCGCAAAUGACCGCGAACAAUUUUUGGUGUGAAAGUUUUAUAAUUUUUUAUUUUAUUUUUUAUUGUUUUUAGUCUCUUCUAGGCGACGACUUGACUCAUUGUUUGAUCUCAUUUUCCCUGUAUGCACUACGCUAUUCUACUUAAAGUGUACAAACAUCUUUUGGUGACAACAUGACAGUGCAAGUAUCGUAAUGCCUAUUUCAGGAAGAGUCCCCAUGUACUUUAACCUCUAAAUCCUAGCAUUUUGGACGGUAGCCUAGCUAGGUUCGACUGUGAGGUCGAUCCUUUUUUGUCCCCACACAAAAACGAAUAGCUGUUGCUAUAAAAUACAGUACCAACACCUUGAUAAGGAUAGGACGUAAAAAGUCAAGUCUUAGUAUUUCUCCUUAACCCUAUCACUGCCAAAUGUAGCCAAAUGCAAAUUUCGACCAGAUUUCCAAAUUUCAUUCUGUAAAAUUUUGAAAAACAAAUAGCACCAUGUGAAAGUACAGGCAGAGAGCUUUCAUUUGAAUGGUCACAUCAUAGGAUUUCGUCCACAGACUCAAAAGUUAGAGUCACCUUACAAAACUCCGUCAAACACUCUGAAAGGGUUCAUAUUGUACUUCGUUCAUUGCAGAUCACCGUGGGUGGUUACAAAGCUAAUGACGCAAGCGCUCCUGAGGACGGAUGUAAUGCAAUCACCCUGAUGUGUCUGAAAGCGUCACGAAGACUUCCACUCACUGCUCCAUGUUUGUCUCUGAGAAUGCACAAAAACAUGCCCACAGAGGUAAUUGAACCUAGCCAUCUUCAUACAGCGUAUUUUUAUAAUCCUAUGUUCAAUUGCGCAAUCUAAGGAUGUAUAUAUAUACUCUUUACUUGAACACAAAUGGGAGGACUAACAUAUCAUCUGCAUUCAGUUUCAAAAUCAAAAACAACCGUCGAGUCAGUCUUAAAGUUUUCGAAUCGGGUUCACGAGCUCUGAAUGAAUUGCUUCUCAGACCACUUUCGUAUUGUGACACUUGCAUAGACUUCAAGUUUUAAUUAAAGAGCUCUGCGGAGGAAUUGAUCGCUAUUCAUAACCAACUCCUGCAUUUGUUUUGAAUAGGUUCUUAAAGAGGCAGCUAAAACGGCACUUAGCGGAGGAGCUCAUCCUGUGCUUCUUCACGAUGACAGCCUUAUCGAGGGCCUUCAGAAAGCCGGUACCCCGGAUUUACCAGUGAGCCCGAAAAGCGCGCGAAAUUAUGCUUGCGACGGCUGUUACGAGCCCAUUUUUCCAGGCGAGACUGACUUCUCAUUGGCCUAUAUAGCUCUGCUGCAGGUACUGGAAAUGGCAAUCAAUCAUGGAUCCACUUACGCCUUAGCUGGUCCUGCUUACCUGGAAGGAGCUCCCCAGUCACUGCCUACUGUACCUCCAGAGGAAAUAAGCAGUUUUGAGCAGGUGUGAAUAUUCACUCUCAAAAGUCAAAGUCAAAUUCAUUUUCGUUUUGUUAAAUGCUGAAAACAUAUAUGUACUACGGGUAAGCACUGCUGAGGAGGAUUCAUGUGAACGUUCAAAUUGCAGCAUUUUGUCCACAGACUCAAAAGAAGACUCGAUCAUCCACUCUGGGUGUAAAGGGUUAACCUUUUGUCUCUUGUAUAGUCAUGCGACCCUUUCACCAAAAAAAAAAAAAUACUCAAGCUACAGAUCUCCCGCUCACAAAUGCCAAAUAUCUUGCUUAAGCCCCGUGCAAACGGACGCAAUAUUGUUGGAUGUUACAUGUUGCGUCCGUUUACCCAACCUGUUGCAUGUUGUUGCGCUUUGCUGGGAGUUGUUGCGCGAAGUUUGAAACCGGGCAAACGUUUAGCUACGUGCAAACAGACGCAACAACUCCCAACAUUGCUGGGCCAACAAGUUGGGAGUUGUUGCGUCCGCUUCCAAGUAGCUUUGCAUUUCUUUUCUCUUUACUUAGCUCAAGGAAUUGUUUGCCCUUCACCUGCGCGUCCGCACAGAGUACAACAUUUUCCUCCUGCUAAUCAACUACGGCAACAUUGUUGAGUUCUGCCCCAGCCCACUGCUCUCGUCUGUCAUCCGUGGCUGCCUGGAAACAAAGCGCGACAUUUACAAUGGAGGUGCUAAUUACGCCUUAAUCGGAGUGCAGUUCAUUACUUUCGCCAACACAGUAGACGCACUCUACGCAAUUAAAAGGCUGUGUUUUGAUCAUGACUCAGCAGUCAUUUCUUUGUCCGAGAUGGUUCGCUGUCUGAAGUGUGAUUGGGGAUUCAACAUGCAAGAGCCAUUCCACGACGACCUCGCUGGCAACACGCGUGGCCAAAGGCUAUCUGACACCUACAAGGAAGUCCGAGAGAGAGCUCUGCUGUUGCCGAAAUUUGGAACAGCCGAGGCAGCCGAAAAUGUGGACAUUCAGAAUAUCACCAGGUGAGCAGCCUGAGUCAGGCAAUAUGUGUUUUACAAUACGUUUUGGUGGUCUCUACGUUUAAAAAGCCAUGGCUACGUUUGAACGUCCUUUUCGAUAUGUUAUUGUGAGUGGAUCCUUAGUGAUGUACAUGAAGAUAUAUAUGCUGCAAACAAAAUUCCCUGUGUCAUUUGCGAGACGGGGUAAGGAUGAGGCAAUGACAGUCCUUGGUGCUGUGGGGUUGCACAUCACCCAUCUUAUUUUUCAAGCAAUUAACUGAUCUGUCGAAGAAAAUUACAAAGUUUCUUGAUUGCUAGCACCACGCUAUUCCAAUAGAUUGCAAGUACGUUGUUAUUUAAUUUGUUAAGCCAUUUGUCGUGAGGACUAAAAACGAAAAAAAAGACCACAAGCGAGAAGAGUGUAAGAGUCCUCAAGCCUAUGGUCAACCAACCAGCGACCGACAGGGCUAACUUCAGUGCAACACCCCGAGUUUUCGAGAGGGUUUGCGAGAUACGUAUUUCUAUUUUUAUACUACUACAUGAGAAAUUACUGCAAUUUGAUUGGCUUAGAGCAGUGAUAUUUCAGCUUAAUUUGAAAUACCUACAUGUGAAAAUUACAAACCUUUUGUGGGUAGUAGUAUAAACAAAUAAUAGCAUGAUUUGUACGUGAUAUUUGGCAUAAAUACCACUCGUGAUAUUUCAAAAUUGUCUCUUUCAAAAUUGUCUCUUACGUCUAACAAUUUCGAAAUAUCACUCGUGGUAUUUAUGCCAAAUAUCACUACAAAUCAUGCUAUUACCUAUACUAAUAUUACUUAUAAUAAGUCAUCUCUACCUUCCCAGUUGGUUGGCUGAUCAAGUUGCAAAUGUGACCCAGAAGGUGGCCCGGGAUGCACCAGACGGUCAACCGCUGAAGGACCUCAUCAGCGGCUUGAAAAAGAAAUACUCAGUUCCUGGAGCACCAUUUGACGUUCUGCUACCGACAGGAUCCGGGACAUUUGAAGGAUACGUCGGGUGGGGAGCAGGGUGUGGUGCAUCUGCUGACGGACGGCGCUCGGGCUCACCUGUAGCUUCCGACAUUGGUGCCGCUCCAACCCCAUUGGACAAGCCUGCAAUCGCCAAAAGCUCGGAAAUAUACAAGUAAGAAAGCAUUCUAUAUCAGGGACUGGUUGUUUAAAAGUUGGUAGCGCUUUCCACCGGAUAAAUCGCUCUCUAGUGGACAACGCUAUCCACUUUUUAAACAACCAGCACCAGGAUGUUUAUUUGAGGCAAAAACCUUUAACUUUUUUCUGAAAAGAGUUUGUUCUUGUUUAGAUUUGGCUCUGACUUUAGUGUCUGAGAAUGAGAUCCCUAAGUGCCAUCAUUCAUAUAAAGUUUAUCAGCAGUACUUUAACGUGGAACUGUUUCGUAUGCUCUUUUAUUGGCUAUUGAGAUGAUUCCAUGUGACUAUUUUAAUCGAAGCUAUACAGAAUUACUUUCAUGUGGUGAGGGGUGAAAAAAAUGCUGCUAAUCUCGUGCUGUGAAUUAUUAUCGGAAAAACGUUGUACAUGAUCCCAGCCGGAUAUGCGUUUUCUUUCUCUCUUUUUCCCAAUCUAGGUCGAUGAAGUGCUGGGAUUUGCCUUCUAUCAAGGUUGGUUUUGCUAAUGGGGCCGAGAUAGGUCUGAAGAUCGAUGAGAAAUUCAAGGAGGGCGAUUUGGUCACCUUCUUGAAGAAUUAUGCUGACGGAAACGGCAUCGGGGGAAAUAUCAUAACAAGUAGGUUGCUUAUAAAGUACACAAUGGAAAAUAACACUUCAAAUAAAGCAAUGUUCUGAAAUGACUUGGUUUGAAGCCUGACAAAAAUUCUUCGCUAUCCGUCAUAUCGUCACUUCUUGUCUCCGUGGUUGAUAAGCCACGAAACACUCUCUCUCGUGGUUAACAGGGAGUUGAAGCCAAGACGUUUUUUAGCGACGAACGUCCUCUGGAAGUGAGGCGUUUUCCCUUUUAAUAUGCCUUGACCCUAACAAAUUUCAAAAACGUCGUUGCUAAACUCCUUAAUAAUUAUUUCAUAACCAAACACGUAAGGGUAAACCACUGUCAUCUUUCUGAUGUGUUACAUUUUUACUGCAGUUACCUGUUCCGACCCCGAGACCUUCUCCAAUGCUCAGAAAAAUCCUGAGAAGUACGAUCUGAUCCGUGUGCGUACAGGAGGCUGGGGCGAGUUUUUCAUCACCUUCUUCACUGCUCAUCAGAAGCACAUGGAAAGGAGGCUUUACUAUCACGUGGCCUAAAGUUCCAUUCGCAGAUACCGGCUUUUUUAAAUCUGGAAUAAGGAAUUUGCUUAAUAGAUGAAGUAAUGGUGAAGUGCAAUUACAUGAAAUCCAAAAUUCAAUAAAUG